AUGUGUGACAUGGGAGGACUCGAUAACCUGGUGCAAAACACCGCCUAUCUAAAAGCCCAGGGCGGAGAUGACAAGGAGAUGAAAAAGCGGCGGCGAAGUCUGUCUCUGCCCAAGCCAGAGGCGUGUGCGGCCGCCCGGGCGUCGAUCGAGAAGAACUACGAGAGCUUGUGUGAGCAGCAGCCCAUUGGGAAGAAGUUCUUCCGUGACUACCUGAAGAGUGCUUCUCCUGAGUUUGUGGCUGCCGCAGAGUACCUGGAUGACCUGAACGACUGGGAACUUUCGCUGCCCGGCCCUGCCAGAGAGAAGAGCAAAACAAACAUCAUCAACAAGUACUGCAAGGAGGGCUCCAAGAGUCACCUCAAGUUCUUGACGGGAGAGCCGCUUGACAAAUGCAAAGCAGUCACAGACAAGGAUUUCGAUGAGGUGAUGCCGAAAGUGAAAGAUGGCACCAGAGAAUUCCUCAAGGGAAAACCAUUUACGGAUUACCAAGGCAGUCCAUUCUUUGACAAGUUCCUGCAGUGGAAAGAAUUUGAGAAGCAACCAAUCACUGACAAAUACUUCUAUGAGUUUAGGACAUUGGGAAAGGGAGGAUUCGGAGAGGUAUGUGCAGUGCAAGUGAAAAACACCGGACAGAUGUAUGCCUGCAAAAAGCUGGACAAGAAGCGACUGAAGAAGAAACACGGUGAGAAGAUGGCUCUGCUGGAAAAGAAGAUUCUGGAAAAAGUGAACAGCCUGUUCAUCGUCUGCCUGUCAUAUGCCUAUGACACCAAGGAGCAUCUGUGUCUGGUCAUGAGCUUGAUGAACGGAGGAGACCUCAGGUAUCACAUCUACAACAUGGGAGAGAAAGGUAUCGAGAUGGAUCGCAUUAUCUACUACACUGCCCAGAUCACCACCGGCAUCCUGCACCUCCAUGCGAUGGACAUUGUGUACCGUGACAUGAAGCCAGAGAACGUGCUCCUUGAUAGCGCGGGCCAGUGCCGCCUCUCUGAUCUGGGGUUGGCUGUGGAGCUACCUGCUGGAAAGACCAUUACCCAAAAGGCUGGUACCGGAGCAUACAUGGCCCCCGAGAUUCUGACUGACAUCCCCUACCGGACAUCAGUGGACUGGUGGGCCCUUGGUGUCAGUAUCUACGAGAUGGUGGCUGGCUACACCACCUUUAAGGGCCCUGAAGACAAGAAGCAGAAGGUGGAGAAGGAGGAGGUGCAGAGGCGCAUCAUUAAUGAGGACCCCAAGUAUGAACACAAGAACUUCGACGCCCCCACCAAAGAUGUCAUCAAUGCCUUCCUCGCGAAGAAGAUUGACGACCGUCUUGGCUGCAAGAACAACAAUGAGGACCCCAGGAAGCACGAGUUUUUCAAGUCCAUCAACUUCCCACGUCUGGAGGCUGGCCUGACCACACCCCCCUGGGUGCCCAAGCCCAACGUUGUGUAUGCCAAGGACACUGGUGACAUUGCAGAGUUCUCUGAUAUCAAAGGCAUCACGCUCGACGAUAAGGAUGACAAAUUCUUCAAGGAGUUUUCCACAGGCGCCGUUCCCAUCCCCUGGCAGACGGAGAUGAUUGAAACCAAACUAUUCGACGAGCUCAACGAUCCCAACAGGAAAGAGUCCGCAGCCGGUCUCGAUGACGAGAAAAAGUCGGGCACUUGCAUUCUCUUGUGAGGAGAGUCUCUGGCUGAUAUCUC